AUGGCGAGCAACAAGAGCAGCCCGGCCAGUGGGGGGCCCACCAGCCAGAAGGACGGCCGCCAGCCUCAGCAGAAGCAACAGAGGCGCAAGAAGAAACAGCACCCAGAGAAUGAGUUCUACGACUUGUCAAUGGACUCGGCCCACGAUAUGUGCCUUAACUGGAGCGGUCACUCCGAGAGCGCUUGCACGAAGCGGCAGGGUCGGGGAGGUCCGCAGUGGGCCGCCAGCGAAACCGAAGCCGGCCCCUCCCGCCUGCGUGGUGACGGAGACGGAAACGGCACUGCUCCGGGCCCAGCUGAGGAUCUGCCCGGGCCGACUAGCAAGUUCACACCGUUCAGGCGCAUAGCGUACACCUUCAACUUCGGUGACAGUGACGAGGAGAAGGACGGCGGUGAUGCCGAUGGCGGAGAAGGAUCGAAGGCGGAACCAGGAAUCUCCAAGCCGCCUAGUCCUCCGCCUGCUCCACCCUCUGGCACACCUCCCCCACCUCCCCUCCUGCUCCCCGAACAUGUGACCAUGGGUGACGGGAACGAAGAGGCCGCUGGACAAGAACUUCCUUCGCUUGAGGAUGUAGAUGAGAACGCAGACAUGACUGGUAUCGCGGUGCUUGAUGACAGCCGGUCAACAGGCGCUAUCCGUUACUACGACCCGCGGGCCACCGAUGAGUUCUUCGCCAACGCCGACCUUCGUUCGUUGUGCAAGAGGUGCAAGAAGCCAGGACACAUUGAGAGGAAUUGCGACGUCCAGAUCGUGUGUACGGCCUUUGAUGGCGCUAACUGCAGUGCCUACGAUGCGGGCUGUGAGCUUGCAUGGCGCACAUACGUCUAUUAUCCGCCAGAUGUGCGGAAGGAAAUCCUCAAACGCAAGGCCGAUGCUAAGGGCUGGAAGCUUGAGGCGCUCGGCAAUAACUACCUGGACAUGUUCUGCUUCAACUGUGCCGGAGAAGGCCACCUCGGCGACGACUGCCGCCAGUCCAAAGGCACCAAAGCCCCAAUCACCGCGUAUCCCACUGCAUUCUCGGCGGCGAUGGCGCGUCGUGGUCCAUACGCGGCGAGUCUUCCGACUGGGCUCCCCUCAGCGAAGCACCCAGCUGCAACACACACACGUUUCGACGACAAUCUGCCAGGUGUUAAUCCCGGGUUUGCUGGGUUUGGUGGGGCUGCGGCGGGUCGCCGUGGGCGUGAGAAGGAAGUUGCGCGGCAGCGGGAACUCGAGCGUCGCGAUGAUCGUGAUGACUGGUUCUCGGGACGCGACAACCGGCGCGGAGGGUGGACGAGGCAGCGCUCGCCAGAGCCUUACCCCGCAGGUGGAAGUCGGGCGAACCGCAUCUCGGGAAUGGGGCAAGGACGGCGCUUCGGCCAGGUGUCCGCCCCCACUGGUCGCCCAGGUCCGAUCUACCGCAACGACCGUGACCGCGGGUUGCGGUACCGCGGCGACUCUGCGCCAGAGGAGGGCGAGUGGCGUCGGUACCGCGAGACUGAGCCAGAGGAGGGCGAGUGGCGUGCGUCAGGUGCAGGCGGUGGACCAGUGGAAAGAUGGGGUGCCGAGAUGGAUCGCGAGGACCGCGAGGCGCGUCGCGCGCGCGACGACCGCAUGUGUGACGAUCGCCCGCGUGCGGGUCCAAGUCGUCGGGGUGGAGCGGGGCGCGGACAGCGGUACACGGGGGGAUACUAG